AUGAUUAACUCACUGAUGACAAAUUUUGAAGUAAUCAACCCUCACAUACCACCUUACCGCUUCGAUUUCGUCAUGAAUGUUACAAUUCAAAGUCAUCCGGAAUAUGACCUAGAAAAAUAUGGACAAUUUGGGGGCUUUCACUCAGUAACGGCUCCACUCCAUUUUAUCAACACGGCCCUUCUUCUUGCUAUCGCUGUAACUCUGCCUACUGUUAUUUUGUUUUGGAGAUCCCUCAUCCUGAAAGCCCUCAAUGAAUCCGGUGCAUCGUUUAGCGAGAAAACUAAGCAGAACUCAAAAAUACUGCUGAAGGCUCUGACGGUACAAGCUCUCACGCCUCUUGUUUGCUACGUACCAAUCGGUUUCCUCUACUUCGCAUCACAAUUUAGCGGAUAUCGCUUUGUAUUUGUAGAAUAUUUUUUGGCAAUUUUUACUACCUUGCCGUGUGCCAUUGAUCCAAUACUUACAAUUUACUUUAUUACGCCGUAUAGGAAAUGGAUACUCCAACAAUUUCGCAAAAAUAUUGUGGGGCAAACGUGGGUGCAAACGCGAUUGAGAAUUCAGAAAACUAGCUCGAGCAGCGUGAUUAUUACAAAAGCAUAA